AUGGGUUUGAGGGAUAGAAGUCGGAGCAACUCCGCACAUUCACUCAAUGGAAGUUCAACAACGCUGCUGGUGUCAACGUCUACAAAGAAUGAGAAUGGAAAAACCCAAAACAAGAAACGAAAGUCAACUGAUUCAGGUAAAAGUAAUGGGUCAAGCAAGAGGAAGUCAACUCGUUUGGCUCAACUAGAAGUAAACAAUAUACUCAAGCUAUCGGCAAGCCCAUAUAUCAAGGAGAAUAAGAAGGUAGAGACAAUAUCAGAUAGCGAGGCAUCACUGAUAUCUUCGGGUCAAGAUACUAAAUUUACCGAACCGGAACUUGCUCCCCCAACGCCGAGCUAUACUGGGCUACCGUUGGAGGAGUUUCCCUCUGCCAAGAUAAAGAAGGAGUCACUAUGGCCACAGAAGCUUAGACGAGGUAAGGGAAGGGGUCUGGAUUCAUCACGAGAAGUUUCACAAGCUCCUGAAAUUGACAAAGUCAAGGAGGAAAAAUUGGAAGAGCUUUAUAGAUCACAGUUAAAAACACCAAUCACUCAAGACAUCACCAAUGAAAGUGAGAUCAGAACCCCAUCGACCGCGACACCACGAGCGACAAAAACGACUAAGCUAAAGUUAACUGUCCAAACACCUAAACAGCCAAUCAACAAAAAAUCCAGCAAAAGUACGCCAAAAAGUGCACUUAAAAAAUUAAAGUUCACAUCACCAAAGAAAUCACCUAGUACAAAACUACUAGCUCCAGAUACAAAAGUUAAAAAUGAGUUGCAUCAUGAAGAGGAUACUCAUAAAGAUAACGACGACUUUUGCUUUGCUUGUGGGCGUCCUGGUAUUUUCAUUUGUUGUGAAACCUGUCCGAAGUCGUUCCAUUUUACUUGUUGUGAUCCACCAAUCGAAGAACCCCCAGAAGACGACUGGUAUUGCCAUGAAUGUCUUGCCAAGAGAUACCCUCAAUUAAUACCAAAUUGGAAAGAUAUAGGCAUCUUUGGUAAAUUGUUGAAUGAUUUGGAAGUGAGAAAUCCAAAAGUAUUUCAACUACCAAAAAAUUUGAGAGAAAAUACGUUUAUUGGAGUCUACACUGGCGAAAAUGGUGAUUAUGCCGACGACACCGAAAAGCCAGACAUACCUGCUAGUAAAAGAAACGGACAACAAAUACUGGGGUGUAACCGAAAUGAGGAUUUGGAGGUUGAAUGUUUGUAUGAUGAGAGAGGGUAUCCUUACUUGUGUCACAAAUGUGGAGAAUCUGGUCAAAAUCACAGGGCAUUGAUUAGAUGUGACUAUUGUCCUCUUGUUUACCAUGUGGACUGUCUCCCAUACCCAAUGUUUGGACCUAAAACAAUUGGAGAUAAAUGGAGAUGUCCCAAUCAUAUCAAAGAUUUGUUGCCAAGGGGGUUGCCCGAAUUGAGGCAGUUUAAGGAUACAGAAGUGGUUGAGGGAUCCUUGCGUAGUAAUUUUCUAAAGAUGUUGGCAAUGGAGAGCUUAGUUGUAAAAUUUGAUACGGAUCAGUAUUUCAAAGAUAAUUCAGAGCACACGCUAGACGAGUUUGAGGUUUAUCCUGAUGAUCUCAGCAAAUCGAAUGUUCUUUCACUAUGGGGAAGCGACAUGGAUGCAAUACAUCCCAGUUAUCAGGUCCCAGUUUGUUUCAGGGCAGAGUCCACUCGCGAUGGUGUUUCAGCGAAAAUGUCCACCAAAGUGGAGGGUAUACCCAAAUCCGCUUCCUCGAAUUCGACAACAUAUCGAAUACCAGAGCGACUGAUACUACUCGACUUUGUGCAAAAGAUUCAAAGCAAGGACGUCAUAUUGGCUCUGAACAUGGAGUAUGAAUAUAACAAGAGGUUGGAAGAAAACCCACAGGAGUUGGAGGCCGUGACUGGGCUAGAGUCAAUAAAGGAGAGACAGAAAAAAUUGAACUUAGAUGCUCUACUCAAAGUGGUGAACAUGGAGGAUCAACAAGCUUCAAAAUCGCGGAAAUUGGCAAGUGAUGAAAUUGAUGAGUUGCUAAAGAUCAAAAAACUAAUGGAAGCUAAAGGACAAGAUGCCUUGCUAAACUUUUUGAAGUCAAGUUAA